GCAAAAAGACAAAACAGCACACACACACACACACACACACACACACACACACACACACACACACACACACACACACACACACACACACACACACACACACACACACACACACACACACCCCCCCCCCCCCCCCCCCCCCCCCCCUAGGAUCAAUGGCUCGCUGGAAAGGCUUUAGUCAGACAUAGAUCAAGGAUCUACUCCUCCUAUUGUGCUAAGACGCCCGACAUAUGGCCUCAAUGGAGAAACGCGGCUCCCUUCCUGUCGUUAAUUAAAUCCAUGUGGUGGAUGACAAAAAGCGCAUCACCAAUACACUGUUCAAGGGAGGGCCACGGCAACUAAACAACAACUAAACAACAAGGUCAAACCCCGGUCGGGUGGAGGAAGAAAGUGGGAAAUGCACAUUUAGAGAUAAGACAAGCUGUGUUAUCUGACUGUACAUGCUUUUAAUCUAAUUUAAUUUCAAAUCUAAAACUAAUCACCUACUGUGACGUAAUAUUACGGUUAUUUAAUACAAAUGACAUGAUUCCCCAAAUCCUGAAAGUGACGCUGAUGGCAAGCUGAUAGGCCUGUAUGACGUGUGUGUGUGUGUGUGUGUGUGUGGUUGUGUGUGUGUGUGUGUAUGUGUGUGAUGGCGCACAGAUUUAUGAAUUCACAUCCUCCAUUUUGCUGUGCAUAAUUUUGCCUACUCCAACCUGCCACUCGAUGUUCAGUUGGUAAAAUUAAAAUGGAAGCUUAAGUUAUUAAACUGAGCAGCUUUGGUCAUUGGCUGCAGAAAUUCAAGGUUGGAGGAGCAGUGCGGAUUAACAUCCUUUGAGCACAAAGCCUUCAUAUCCAUCCCAGCCUGCUGUCUCUCACCGUCUCUCUCUCUCGCUCUCUCUCUACUGGCUGUCACUCACUGAUGCUCUUUGCUGAUCCUCUCAUUUCAUUUCUCUGUGAUGCCAUUCCCUGUUUGCCUCCCUCUCCCCCUCUCUCUCUCUCUCCCACGCUCCGCUCGACCCAGCUGUCUUUGCCUUGUCCACUGUAACUGACAUCAUCACCGGACAGUCAUCAUCUGCUCCUAUUCUGAUUCCCCACGCGGCCUCAAACCUCCAUCACUAUAACCCUGCACCCUCUCUCUUGCUCCCUCUCACUCCACCUCCCUCCCCAUCUCCCUCUCUGUGGUCUUUCUUCCUCUCUGCCAUCGCCUGACCCCCUUCCCCCUCCCCCACGGCUCUUGAUCCAGCAGGUUAGCAGCAUCCCCCCCCCCCCCCCCUUUCCGUCUCCACCCCACCCCACCUUCACCUCCGGCGGCGGGCCGAGAGAUAUGCGUCGGCGCCAUGGGUUUCAUGGAGUUCUACCUGGAGAUCGACCCCGUCACCCUGAACCUCAUCAUUCUGGUGGCCAGCUACGUCAUCCUCCUGCUGGUCUUCCUCAUCUCCUGCAUCCUGUACGACUGCCGGGGCAAGGACCCCUCCAAGGAGUACGCGCCCGAUGACACGCCGGCACCGGCCGCCGCCUCCACCGCCUCCUCCGCCGCCCCCCCCGGGUCGGCCGCGGGGGCCUCAGGGACCCACUCCGGCCAGUCGCCCAUACGACUGGUGGUGAUGCAGAACUCGCCAACCUCCACCCGAUACGAGCCCACCGAGAUGGUGCCCGGGCACGCCGAACACCCCACGCCGGACCUCCACCGGGAGCGGGAGAGGGAGCGGGAGAGGGAGCGGGAGAGGGAGAGGGAGAGGGAGAGGGAGAAGAGGAGUACCCUUGUCUGAGGGUUCAGUGAGGGAGAAGGAGGCUGAGGUGGAGGAGACGUCUGGGUUAUUUUGGUGGCACUUGCUGCUCCUGUCACUCUGUACAGUAUUGUUUUUAUAGACCUGUACAUAUUUGUAUAUAUUUUGAACAACAACAAAAAAAUAACGAUUUAUGGAAUACUUCCUGUGAACGCUGACGCCCAAGUUGCAGAGGGAAACAGGAUAACUCUGGGAUGAAAAAAAAGACAAACAGUAAAGUACAUCCCGCAGCACCUUCUGGCUCAAGUUACCAGAACCUUCCCGCCCGUCUUCCUCAGCAUGAGGCAGCCCUGGUCACAUCAGACCUGGCUCAGACAACACCAGAACAGACGUAUGCUAUUCAGAUCAAGUGAUGUACGGCGAAGUACUGUUGAAACAAAACAUUUCAACCGUAAACGCACUCUCCAGUCAAACAAGUCGGAACGAUCCCUCCAAAGACUCAAGGAGACAGGAUUUGCGACAGCUUCUUAGACAUAAUUGGAACUGCUACAUUUGAGAUGAACGUGUUGUAUAAAUGGACGGAAGAGGCAACGCAACCCCAUAGCCUUUCUUUUGCCAACUCUCACUUACCUUUAUUUCUUCUGGCUUUUAUGAUUCUGUGUUUGUUUUUUGUUUUUACUUAUUCAAAUGUUUUAAUUGUUUUCCGAACUUUGGUGUCCUACAAUUGGAUGAGUGCCAGCUAUUAUUUUAUAUAUACUGUAUACAUAUUAUAUAUUAGUAAUAUAUUAGACAAUCUAACAAUAUAUCAAUGAUUAAAUACGUUUAUAAUAAUAUUGUCUGAAAAGAGAUUGGGAAAUAAAUUCCCCAUUUCAUCUCUUCUUGAUGCAAUUAUACAUGAUGAAACAUCGACAACGACAAUGUUGUACAACAUGUUCUAAAUUUCCUUGAUAAUAACUAUUUAUUUGUUGUACUUCCUCCAGAAGGAUGUUUAUGUCACUCCUGGAAUCGAAUACAUGCUCUAAGGAAUGGUGGCAAGUAAACGUAUCUAUCCCCUGUCUUAGAUAAUUCCGUACAUUGUUGAAUUAAAAAUGAAAAAGAACCACCCCAGCUCCAUGUUUAAGUAAUAAACAGCGCCUGCAUCGAUGUCAGCCAUGGCCUGCUCCCAGGAGACCUUCCAGGCCGUCAUCAGGGCCCCGGCAGCUGAUUGGCCCUGACACGGUCCAGGGAGAUGAAACAACACCAGGGCCUUUAGCGUGUGCUCGUGCAGCAACAGAUUCAGCAACGCCAAAUCCGCUUAGAUAAAUAAAACCCGCUAAAAAAAACGACAACCCAAAAAAUGAAUGGGCCGGGCGGCUCAGUCAGUAGCCGUCAUGCCAGCCAACUCAAGGGACCAAUGGUAGGGGCUUGCACGUAUUACGCAGAUAUUCUCCCUGCCAUAUAUCAUGUUUGUGGGAUUACUGCACUGCGUAUUAUCAGUUUU